ACCAAUAACCACCUACUUCCCAUCCAACUCAAUUCUUCCAUCUCUAUCUCUUUUCUCUCUCUCAAAAACAGAGCAAUAUUUUUAUAUUUCUCUCACAGAUAUUCUUCUUCUGCAAAAAAAUAAAAAAAAAUGGCUAGGAAGAAGAUCAGAGAGUACGACUCGAAACGCCUCGUGAAGGAGCACCUCAAACGUCUCGCCAAUAUCGACCUCCAGAUCCACUCUGCUCAGGUGACGGAAGCAACAGACUUUGCUGAAUUAACAAACCAAGAGCCAUGGCUUUCGUCCACCAGAUUGGUAGUCAAGCCCGACAUGUUGUUUGGGAAGCGUGGAAAGAGUGGCUUGGUGGCGCUGAACUUGGAUUUAGCUCAAGUUGCUGAGUUUGUGAAAGCUCGCCUUGGUGUUGAGGUUGAGAUGGGCGGUUGCAAGUCACCGAUAACUACAUUCAUUGUUGAGCCCUUUGUUCCCCAUGACCAAGAAUAUUACCUCUCUAUAGUCUCUGACAGGCUUGGAUGCACCAUUAGCUUUUCGGAAUGUGGGGGUAUUGAAAUUGAAGAGAACUGGGAUAAAGUUAAAACUAUCUUCCUUCCAACUGAAAAGCCUAUCACACUGGAGGCUUGUGCUCCAUUGAUAGCUACACUUCCUUUGGAGGUUCGGGGGAAAAUUGGCGACUACAUAAUUGGCGUGUUUAAAGUGUUUCAAGAUCUUGACUUCAGUUUCAUAGAGAUGAAUCCGUUUACACUGGUGAAUGGGGAGCCAUAUCCCUUGGAUAUGAGGGGAGAAUUGGAUGACACUGCUGCAUUUAAGAACUUUAAGAAGUGGGGUAACAUCGAGUUUCCGCUGCCUUUUGGAAGAGUCCUGAACCCUACAGAAAGUUUCAUUUACUCCUUGGAUGAAAAGACGAGUUCAUCUUUGAAAUUCACUGUGUUGAACCCAAAAGGACGCAUCUGGACAAUGGUCGCUGGAGGUGGUGCUAGUGUUAUAUAUGCUGACACUGUUGGCGAUUUGGGUUAUGCACAGGAGCUUGGUAACUAUGCAGAGUAUAGUGGAGCUCCAAAUGAGGACGAGGUGUUGCAAUAUGCAAGAGUUGUUAUUGAUUGUGCUACUGCAGACCCUGAUGGUCGUAAGAGAGCCCUUCUUAUUGGAGGGGGUAUUGCUAACUUCACUGAUGUUGCUGCUACAUUCAAUGGGAUAAUUCGAGCCCUUAAAGAGAAGGAGUCCAAAUUAAAAGCAGCAAGAAUGCACAUCUAUGUUCGAAGAGGUGGUCCAAACUACCAGACUGGUCUGGCAAAGAUGCGUGCUUUGGGAGAGGAACUCGGAGUGCCCAUUGAGGUGUAUGGACCUGAGGCGACCAUGACCGGAAUCUGCAAACAGGCAAUUGACUGCGUCAUGGCUGCAGCCUAAUUCCACAAUAAUUUUUGCUACUGAGAGUCAACAUGUGUCAGUUUGUUUCAAAAGAACUUGGUUGAAUGUGUGCCAGGAAUAAUUUAUCAUGAGGCUUCCUUUAAGGCAAAAGAUUGAGAAGAGUGGAUUGUUGUAAAAUGUAAACUCUAAAAACAUUUAAAAAAAAAAAAAUUCCCUUCGUUUUAAAAUUGGAAAUCAUGUCUUCCAGUAAGCAUGACAUGGUUGUAAACACUGCAUUCGCAGUGAUCCUUCAAUUUUCCGAGUGUCAGUUAAUUCUGUUUUAACCUUCAA